CCAUGGAAACAGCCAUUUUGCGUCCUUUCUGUGCGGUCUGGUGCAUAUUUAUUAUUUUUUUGUGCAGUUAAAAUCACUGAAAUAUAAUACUUAUAUUUCAGUAAUUAAACUAUCACGGUAUUAAAAUUUAAAGCAAAUUUAAGGAGGAUUAAAAAAUGUCGGAAUAUGAGAAAGUACGGACGGGAAAGUUAGUAUUGAAAGGCGAAAAAUCAAGACCGAAGAAACGAAAAUCUAAGAGGCAAGAAAAAGAACAGGAUGUCACUGUGGAGGAUAAAGAUACUCUUACUCAUGGAGGAUGGUGGAAGGUUAAGAAUAUUACUGAAAUUACUGGAACAGUGGCUAUUGAAUUUGGAAACCAAACUUACGUGAAAGCACUCGAUAACGGAUUGUUUACUCUUGGAGCACCACAUGACGAAGGAGAAGGUCCAUUACCAGAAGAAAUAUUAACGGCAUUUCCUAUAAGUGAGACUAAGGUUGCUUUGAAAUCAGGAUAUGGCAAAUAUCUUGGAGUUGAUAAAAAUGGUAUCGUUAUCGGUCGAAGUGAUGCAGUUGGAUCUAUUGAACAAUGGGAGCCAAUUUUUCAAGAUGGCAAGCUUGCAAUACUAAAUAAUACUGGAUGUUUCAUAUCAGUUACAAAUGACGAUGAUAUAGUUUGUCAAAAUAGAACAGCUGGUACGUCAGAAUUUGUUAUUGUAAGAAGUAUAAUACAACGUUCUCAAAGUCCUAGUAAGGAUAUUCCGAAAGAAGAGCAAGGCUCACUCACAGAGGUCGAAGUAAAUUAUGUACGGAAAUUUCAAAAGUUUCAAGAUAAAAAGUUAAAAAUAAACAAAUCUGAUCGCUCCGAGUUGGAAAAGGCAAAAGUGGAAGGAAAUUUACACGAAAUUCUAUUAGAUAGGAGAAGUAAAAUGAAAGCUGAUCGUUAUUGUAAAUAA